CUGAAAACAUCCCUUAUUGAUCGUAGCACACUUCGCACCCUCAGAACCUCGGCGAACUUUGAGACGCCACCAUCGUGUCCAUUUUCGUUUUUCACUCUCUUUUUUCCUCUCGCAAAAAAACCUUGAACAUUUUUCCAAAAUGGCCAUCCACAUCUUCUCAAAAGAGACAUUUUACCUAUGGUGUCUUUUGGGAACUGUCUUCAGUAUUCCCAGUUCAACAUCUCUCCCUCAAGGCAGAGAUGAUCGUUUCUUUACAACAACCCGAAAAAGUAAAGUUAUUAUUGACAUGAACAAUCUUCCAAAAGUGAAAGCUUGGCCAGUGGAAAAUUUGGAAUUACUAAAGUCAACGUCAGCGACAAGUGCUGCAACGACAUUAUUACCAAAAUCAACAACAACGCAAAGAAUAAUUUCCGAAGAACAACCACUUUAUCGUGUUAAUAGUAGCAAUGGACGUGCAUGCAUUCUUUUACAAGUUGACGCUGUAGUCGAUAUUCCUUAUCGCACAAAGAUCGGACAAGAUGAGGUGGCAAGUGUAUACAUACCUCCAGAUGCAGAAGUAACUGGCGAUUGUAACGAUGAAAAUACAGUAAAGAUGUCUUUAAGAUGGAAAACAUUUAUCCUAUCGUGGAGUUUUGCCAAGACACCAGGACGUGAACGAUGGUAUGUCGAUAAAAUCGAGCUGACCUUCAAUACAAGCGACAGACAUUUUGAACAUAUUGAUCAGCCAAAUAAGACCAUAAGGUUAAGUACAGAUAAAAAGCACACUGCCUUGCUUUUCCCAACUCCAGUAGGAAAAUCUUAUUCUUGUUCUCAAGAGACAGUUAUUCCCUUAACUUAUGGCAAAAUGACUGCUCGCCUUCUUCUAAGGGCGAUGAAAUUACAGCCUUUCAAAUUCAAGACAAAUGAUUUUGCAGCUGAAUAUAAUUGUGACACAUUAAAUGCUCGUGUCUCAAAAGAUGAAACUGCACCAAUAGCAGUUGGUUCAACUCUCGCAGCCGCUGUUCUUCUCACAGUCACUGGAUAUGCUGGAUAUCGAUAUUUUGUAGUUAAAAAAGUUAAGUAUGACACAAUGGAGUAAAAUAUCAAUAUAUACUCCCGUGAAAUAAUUUUUAAUUCAUUUCAAUAUAAAGGUCCAUUGAUAACGUAUAAAAUUUUAUACGAGAAAGGCUAUAACGAAUGCUUGUUUUUAGAGAAAAAAUAAUAAUAAAUAGAGACGCUAGUUAGGUGUAUUUUAUCAAAAUCUUUGAUAAUUGGCGUUAUUUUAAUUUAUUUUUUUUUCAUAAUUAUUUUUUUGAACUUCAAAUCACCGAUAAUAAUUAAAGUAUAUAUAAAAAUGCCAAUUAAAAAAUAAAUCUAUCAGAAAAAAUCAUCAGUAGCUCUCAGGAGAUCUAAAGCUUAUAAAAAUUUAUUAUUUCAGGAAUUUUCUUUUUUCUUUUUUUUUAUUUCUAAUGUUCUUUAAUAAUUAAUAAAUUUUUCCCUUACAAUUAAUUUUGAAUUACUAAUAAUGACCUAAAUUUUCAUUGGUAAGGUGUUUUUAUGACUGCGUUAAAUCGUGAAUUAAGAAAAUCGAGAAUCAAGUCCUGAUUUUUAUCUAAUAUAAAAAAAAACAGUGAAACUUAAAAAGUUCACUAAAUAAUAAGAGAUUAUUUAUCUCACCAAAAAAAAAAUAUAUAUAAUACACUUAUGGGUAGGUACUAAAAUAUUACGUUUCAUUUUUUUUCUAAUCUUCGCACAAAGUAACAGCAUAUCAAUAUUUUUUUUCGCAAUUUAUUUUAAAAAUAAUAAAAAAAAAAAAGAAAUACUUUUUUUUUAAUACGUUAUCAACGUUAUUGACUCAUAACUCUAACGAUCAUGUUAAUCUUAAAUAGUUAUAUACCCUUUAUAAAAAUAAGUUUGUCUUUACAAGAUUACAAAGAGUUUCAAGUCUUCACUAAAAAUUUAUAUUUUACGAAUGCUUGAGACCUUGUAAAUCGCAAACUCUUAUGGUUGUAUGGAUAGAAUUUUCAAAAAGGGAAAAAAAAACGAGCACCAAUUAGUUCAUGCGUAUUUCGAUCAUAAAAAAAAAAAAAAAACAAAAGCGAUAUUUAGAUCAAGUUUGUGUCGUUAAAAAUAUAGAAUAUCUUGAAGUAACUGUUUUCUACAAUGUUAGGAAUAUAAGAGAAUAAAAAUGAUCGAUAAUCGCAGCGUGUAUAUUGAUAUGAAAUGACAUGCCCCCGUGGCAGCUAAUUUUCUCUAGCUAAUAUUUAUAUAGAUAUAUUUAUUAUAUUCAAACUAGUUAAUUUAAUUCCCUUUACUAUUUAGUAUUAAAUAUUCUCAUAAUAAUUUUAAUUUAAUUAUAAUUUUAAAAGAAAUCAUUCUAAUAGCAAUAUAUGAAUUUAGUUAUUAAAAAGCUUCUUUUUAAAAAAUUAUUUAAAUAUACUUUGAUUCUUACUCUCUAAUUCCAUUUCAAUUUUAGAAAUUAUAAUAUAUCGAUUAUUAAGAAUGAUAUACCUUGCAAUUGACUCGAGUUAUAUCUCUUAUAUAAGUCGCAACUUGAUAAAAAUAUUCAAAAAAAAUUCAAAUCAAAAUAUUAAAGAAUUUGGUGCUUUUAUAUAAUAAUUUUACUUUUUUCCACCUAGAAAUAUUAUUUAUCUCAAUAAUCACAAAUAUAAAAAAAAAUACGUCCGCACCAAAUUUUUUAAAAUAAAAAUAUCUUCGUCUUCGAUUUUAAUGUUUUAUAAUAAAAAAUUAGUAAAAAGUUACUAUUUGUAUAUAUCAUUGUAAACAUUCGACAAUAUUUAAUUUCUUUUUCUAAUUAAAUUAAUAAAAAAAAAAUAAUUAGUUUAAGAUUUCGUAUAAAAAUACUAAUAUUAUUUUUAGUAUUAAUUUUACUUUAAUUGAACGUUAAUGAAAAAUAUAUGAAAUUUCUUAAGGAGAAAUUUUAAGUGCGUUAAAAAUAGAGAAAUAUUUAUGACGUUAUUGUUUAAAAUCAGAGUUUUUGUAAAGUGAUCUUUCUAUAGGUACAACAUUUAAAAAAUAAAGAGAAUAAUUGAGAUAUACAUUUCUACGCAUAUCAAGAUAAAAAAAAACUUGCUUGAUGCAAGUUAUAUAUAUAUAUAUAAAUAUAUAUAUAUAUGGUAUACAAAUUAUUUCCGGAAAAUUGCAGGAAAUAAUUAAUACAUUAAAAAACAAAAUGUUUAUUUUUAAUGUUAAUUGAAAAAUUUGCCUAAUCAUCACUUAAUUAUAAAUUUCAAAAAUCCUGCACUAUUAUCUGGAAAAAUUUUGUAUAAACUUCUGUCUUCCAAGUGAAUUUUAAAAAAAUAUCGUGUGUAUAUAUAUAUACCUUAUAUUUAAAGUACGACAUCAUUAUAUGUAUAAGUAUAAUAAUUAUAUCAUUUUUUUGAACGUAUCAAUGUUGUCAAUUCGUGGUCAAAAAAAAAAAAAAAAAAAAUUAUCCUAAGAGAACACUUUUUGUGAGUGAUUUGAAAGGAAAACAAAUAUCGCCUUUAAAAAAAAAUUCAUUUUUUCAGUCUUUGGCUUCUAAUUAAAUAAAUAAAAAUCAAAUUGAUCAAAUAGUGUUGUCUUUCGUCAAUUCAAGAAAUUAUUUCAUAUAUAUAGCAAAAAGUGUCAAUUCAAAAAUCACUAAAAUAAUAAUUUAGUGUAUAAAUUAUUAUACUCUAAAAUAAAUUUUCAAAAAAGUGAUUUCAAUUCUGAUAUAUUAUGCUAAAAAUGUAUUUUUGCGUAAACUUCUUUCUUAUAUUGUAGAUCGAAAACAAAAAAAAAAAAAAAAAAAAAAAUAUUCUCAUUGCUGCGAAGCCAAGACACGAAACUAUAUAUAUAUAUAUAAAAAAUAUUUACGGAAAUGCCCGGUUUACUGCUCUAAAUUCAAAUUUAACAAUAAGUGGCACGAUGAUAUAGAAAUAUAAAAAAAAAUAUAUUAUAUAAUAUAAUGAAGAUUGAGAAAUAAAAAAGAACAAAGAUAAUUGAUUCAAUAUAUCGUACUGGCGUACUCGUCAGUAUGCGCAGUUAAAUAAAAUGCAUAUUAAUGAAAAAUAUGUUAUUAUAAAUGCAUUAUAUUAAAUAAAGGCUGUUAUACAAGUU